UCGCCACGCCACCCUAAUUUAAUCGCCAUUUAUUUACUAACUGUAUUAAUCCCGGCUCCGCCUCCUCCUCCGCCAAGAGGCGACCAACCAGCCCCCCAUCGCAGCCCACGCGCGCAAACCCUAGCCCGGCCAGCCAGCCUGCCAGCGCCCGGCCAAUGGCGGAGGACGGCAGCGACAGGGACCAGCAGCAGCAGCAGCCGGCAGGGGCGGCGGCGGCGGCGGCGGCGGAGGGGCGCGGCAGGGAGAGCGUGAAGCUGUUCGUGGGGCAGGUGCCCAAGCAGAUGUCCGAGCCCGAGCUCGCCGCCAUGUUCGCCCGCGUGGCGCUCGUCGACGAGGUCACCGUCAUCCGCGACAGGGCCACCAGGGUCUCGCGAGGCUGCUGCUUCCUGAUCUGCCCAUCAAGAGAGGAGGCAGACAAGGCAGUGACCGCGUAUCACAACAAGUGCACCCUACCUGGGGCCUCAAGUCCAUUGCAAGUAAAAUAUGCUGACGGAGAGUUGGAAAGAUUGGAGCACAAGCUUUUUGUUGGAAUGCUCCCGAAAAAUGUAACAGAUGAUGAAAUGACCGAUUUAUUUUCACAAUACGGGAAUAUCAAGGAUUUGCAGAUUUUGAGAGGUUCGCAACAGGCAAGCAAAGCUGGCUGUGCCUUUCUGAAAUAUGAAACAAAAGAGCAAGCUGUGGCUGCGAUAGAAGCUCUAAAUGGAAAGCACAAGAUAGAGGGUUCAAGUGUUCCCUUGGUUGUCAAAUGGGCUGACACUGAAAAGGAAAGACAGGCUCGAAAAGCACAAAAAGCUCAAUUCCAGUCUUCUAACAUGUUGAAUGCAAAUGCCAUGCAGCAGACCUCAUUGUUUGGAGCUUUACAGAUGGGAUAUGUACCUCAGUACAACGGAUAUGGCUACCAGCCACAAGGAACCUAUGGACUUAUGCAGUACCCUCCUCUAUCUCCUAUGCAAAAUCAAGCUGCCUUCCAGAAUAUGGUUCAGCCUGUUAAUCAAGGAAGCUCAGUCCGUGGAGCUAAUUCUGAACUUUCCCCUAAUUCAGUUCCUAGAUCAUUUAAUUCAACACAGUUAGGAAGCCCCUAUUCACCUCUGCCUGGCAUACAGUAUCCUGGGACUUAUCCUGGUGGUGCUAUUAACAAUCGUCCUUUUGCAAAUUCUCACAAUUCAGUCAAAGUUCAAAAUCCAAAUGCUAAUUCACCCACGUCUUCGGGAGCCAGCAGCAAUCCUGGUCCCCAGAUAGAAGGUCCUCCUGGAGCCAACUUGUUCAUAUACCACAUACCACAAGAAUUCAGUGACCAUGAUCUUGCAAGUGCAUUUCAUAGUUUUGGUAGAGUUUUGAGUGCUAAAGUUUUUGUAGACAAGGCAACUGGUGUUAGUAAAUGCUUUGGUUUUGUAAGCUAUGAUUCUCCAGCCUCUGCACAAACAGCCAUUAGUAUGAUGAAUGGAUUCCAAUUAGGUGGUAAAAAAUUGAAAGUACAACUCAAGCGAGACAACAGCAAGCACAGUAAACCUUUCUGACAAAGCGAUUCCAGUGUAAGCUCACACCAUCAGGAAAAUCAGUACAUAUGUGUUAUAAUUGAUCGCUACAUUGUUUCAUCUGGCCUCCCACCACACUGUUGUCGGUGGCGGCUCUUGUAUCUUUGUUCAAUUCACAUUCUUGUAAGCUGUCAUGUUGUGUAUUUUUGUCGCAGCAUAGUUGUAGCACUUGUACCAUCAGACCCCUUGUACAUCAGACAUUAAUUCAUUCAAUUGUUAUUUUAUUUCUCCUCU